GAUUAGGAUUAUGUGUUGCUGGGUCAGGUUUUGAGUCGCCGGGGUAGCCUAUAGCCGCCGGAAAGAUUGCGUCUUGCUGGGAGCGACGUCUCUCCUGCUCUCUCUCCCUUUGCUUUCUCUCCGUCCUCUCUCUCUCUCUGCUCGUCUUUCCGCUCUCGCCGAGGCAGCACGAUGUACGGCCCAUUGUUUGGUCUCUGCCUUUUUGUGCCAACCCAUCCUCCGCUUUGAGCAAUUGGACUGUCGUUUUCUUAUUGUUUUGGUUAGAUUCCGCCGUUCUGGAGGAGGCGGCGGUGUCAAUUUGACGGAAUCUGAUCGAAUGGCGCUUCAGGCUGGGCCAAUCGAGCUGGCUGCAACAAUCGGAGGUUUUCUAGCCCCUCGUGAAGGGGUCAAAUCAGUAUCUUGCUGCCCAAUGGUUUGGGGAUAAAUUUUAGUAUUACAGUUCUUGCCGUCUCAUUUGAGAUUCUUGUGAUUGAUUCAGUUCCCGUUGCAAGUUGCAAUCUGCCGUUAUUCUGUUCACGGAUUUGGUUGACCUGAGAAUUUUUUUUGUGGGGAGAUGGAUGAUGACGACUACUCUUGGGUGCGGCGCACCAAGUUCUCGCACUCCAUUGUCAGGUCCAACUCUGGCAGGGAGCAGUUUGGUGCAUUCCUUGAUCAGUUUAACAGUUCCACUGCAUGGAAGCAGAAGGGAUUCAGUUCAGAGCUCAUACUUCAUGGACAUGAUUUCCAGCCGAGGGCAAAAGCAGCAGUACCAAAGUCAGCUAGGCCUUCAAUUCCGUUGGCAAAAUCACCAGUUCCACAGGCAGAACGGAAGCUGAAAGCUAUGUUUUCAGAUGUUGAAUUGAAACAAAGGGGAAAAUUUAGUGAUGGCUCAUUGCGAGAAGCAUCAAAAGAGAAGGAUUGCAAGGUUGGGCAUGAUGGAGAAGGCCUUAGCCUGGAUAUUUCCCAUCCAAGUCUGGAUCGGAAAAUUAAGGAUGACAGUUCAGACAUUCUGGAAUUCUCUUUCCACUCUGAAGAGCAAAGUUUAAGGUUGUUGAGAGUCUGCUCUAGUCCAGCUCCUUUCUAUUCGAAGGAUACAACUCCAUUUAGUGAUACCAAAAUACGAAGUGCAUCAAUUAAGGUCGCUGGAGAGGGUUCGAAGCCGAGGCGGAGAGCGAAAUCCCCAAUGCCCACGCGUGUAAUCUCUGAAGUUUUUAAGGAGGCCAAAGCUGCCACUAAGAGGUUCUCUAGUCCACAGCGGCAAAGGAAAUCUAGUUCGCCACAUUCACCACGCUCACCUGACGAUAGUCCCCGCUUUGGCUUUCCUUCAAUGAGAUCACCAGGUAAAUUGAAAGCUAGGAGGGCCUCUUCCUGGCCAAGGAACUAUGGCAAUGGAGUAGCAAAGGCUGUUGCAUUGGAUAUACUAGAGAGAUGGACAAUUGACCGCUCACAGUUACUCAUUGGCCAAAGAUUUGCAUCAGGAGCAUAUAGUCGUUUGUUCCAUGGAAUUUACAAGGAGCAGCCAGUUGCUGUCAAAUUUAUCAGGCAACCAGAUGAAGAAGAGGAUGCAGAAUUGGCUGCUAAACUUGAGAGGCAAUUUACUGCAGAAGUAACCAUUCUGGCUCAGCUCCAUCAUCGCAAUGUCAUUAAGCUGAUUGGGGCAUGUAAUGCUCCACCGGUCUUCUGUGUCAUCACCGAGUUCCUGUGUGGGGGUUCUUUGAGAGCCUUUUUGCGCAAGCUCCAGCGCCAAAAGCUUCCUUUAGAGAAGAUUAUUUGCAUUGCUUUGGAUAUUGCACAUGGUUUGGAGUACAUUCACUCGCAAAGAGUAAUCCACCGUGAUGUGAAACCUGAGAACAUCUUGUUUGAUGGAGAAUGUUGUGCAAAGGUUGUUGAUUUUGGAGUUGCUUGUGAAGAAGUAUACUGCAAUUCAUUGGAGGACGACCCAGGUACUUACAGAUGGAUGGCACCAGAGAUGUAUAAGCGCAAACCAUAUGGUCGGAAGGUUGAUGUAUACAGUUUUGGCCUCGUCUUGUGGGAAUUGGUUAGUGGCUCGAUCCCUUAUGAAGAGAUGACUCCGUUGCAGGCAGCUUUUGCUGUUGUUAAUAAGAACUUAAGACCAGUUAUUCCUUCGAGCUGUCCAGCACCACUUCGACUUUUGAUCGAGCAAUGUUGGUCUUGUCAACCAGAGAGGAGGCCUGAGUUUUCUCAGGUAGUUCAGAUCCUCAAAAAUCUCAAGGAGGCCCUGGAUAGACAUGGAACGCUUGACAAGAUCCCAAGCACCAACUGCCAGGAACCUCCUGAUCAAAACAAGAAGAGACUAUCCAAUUGGAUCCAAAGGCUCUCGUACAGUCAGGCUGAUUUCUCCGGACCUCCACCGCCAAAGUUACUGUAAUUAUGUCACAUUCCUCUCUUCCAUAAACAUUGUACCAUCUGGUAGAUGACUCUGUAAAUCAUAAGGUUUUCUUGGUGUACAAACUUUUUUUUUUCAAGUUUCUUGGUGUACAAAUUCAAAGCGCAUUUUUUUAGUGGACAGAGUAUACUCUUGUAUUGCUUAGCAAACUUUUUCUGCAGUCAACGAAUGGAACCAUAUUCCCGCAUAUUUGUAUCGGUGAAAGCCUGACAUCCUUGUUCAAUUGAACUGAAACAAAACAAUGCUCUGCUUUUGUG